AUGCAGUCUCGACUUCAACCAGCGCUUGACCUGCAGUACACUGUCUCUUUAAAAGAAGCACGUGGUGCACGCAAACAUCCGAUGGAGGGCGGUUGGCUAGUCUCCGAACGACAGGACAUCUCCUCGUACUGUGCUGACCAAACGCCUACUUCUAAAAUACUUGAUUUGUAUCGAGAGUUUUCCAACGUAAGAAAAGUGCGCGGAGAUGGGAACUGUUUUUACAGAGCCUUUUCCUACGCAUACCUGGAGUCAGUCAUCCACAAUUGCCGAGGAUUACAGGGGUUCAUUGAGAUAGUCAUGGAAAGCAGUAUUGCCUUAUCAUGUGCUGGUUUUGAAGAAAAAAGCUACAAGGAGCACCUAUCAAAAGUCAUUGAUGUUGUGGAGCUGUGUCAGUCUGAUGGAAGUAUAGAGACCCUUCACAGACUGUUUAACCAGCCAUCUACCUCUGACAGUGUGGUCCAGUAUCUUCGUCUCAUCACAUCAGCUUACCUACAAAGUCACGCAGAUUUCUUUUGUAAUUUUGUGGAAGCAUCCAAUCUCCAAGACUACUGCCACCAGGAGGUAGAAGUCAUGGCAAUGGAGUGUGACCAUGUGGACAUCCUGGCAUUGUCACAGGCCCUAAACGUGGGCAUUCACAUCGUGUCAAUGGAGGGAGAUGAACAAAAGCUUGUUCACCACAUCAUUCCAGAAGGAUAA